GUCUGAAAGAAUUAUUGAGGAUCCCUUCAGUGGUGUUUGUGUAACUGUCUGCAGAGGGCGGAUCCAACCUGUCAAAUUCACACACACUCAGGCAGUAUGUGAGAAUCUACAUCUCCGCUUGAUCCGAAGAGGGAAUCCCUCUGGGCAGUGGCCCUGGGACGGCCAGAAAAGAUCUCCCUGGUGCUAGUCUGGGACCUGUUGGACUCUCCCCAGCUCUCCAGCUCAGAGGCCUUCAUCAGUCCUCUUGUUUACUGUGGGCCCCAUGGGACCCAGAUUGUUCCAGAAGCCCUGCUUGCUGGUGUUCAAGCACUGUUCAGGGAACGCAACCCAGGCCCAGGCUUGCACCAGUAACACUGACCUCCUCAGCAGCAAGACCUGGGAUCCCGUCUGGGUCAGGGAAGGGAUGAGGGCAGAGACCACCAGUGAUGAAUGCCGGAUACACCUCUCUCACUUCAGGCUGGAAGAACAUGGAUGACAGCAGCUGCCAGUCCAUUCCUCACCUCCACAUUGGGCAUGGAAAAUGCCCGUUUCGCUCCUUUUGUUUCUGGAGGAAGCAGCCAAUCAGAAUGAAGAAUGGACAGCACUGACCAAUGAAGUCAUUGUUACAAGGCACAGAUAGUGGCCUGGAGACGAAGUAUGUGGAAAUCUUGAGAUUCCAGGCCCCAGGGAGCGGCUCUCCGGUGACCAGAAUCUCUUCCACCCCUCACUGUAACAGGCAAGUAUGGGGUCUGCUGAAGAGAGGUGAUUUGUACCUUACUUCUAGCGGCUGCUGGGCUGGGAGCAGUCUCCUUCUACCGAAAGCACUUCUGCCCCAUUCCUUACAGGAACUCCGACUGGGGGAGGCAGGGACCGUGGUAGUCAUGAGUUUCCCCUCCUAGCCUGUAUCCCACACUGGGUGACAUAGGCUGGGACUGGCAUAUCUGAAGGCACAUACCAGCCAAAGUUCUAAGGACCCAUGAACUCAGAUCAGGAGACUUGCACUCCGUAGCCGCGUGGAAAUCACUGGUGCAGAAACAGAUCCAUAUCGAUGGGGCUGGGAAGCAGUAUCCUCCAUCUCAGAGGCGAUGGUCCACCUCAGUAUUGCCUGGCCCACAAUGGGCACAAGUAGUGGGUUCCGUGAAUGGUCCACCUCAAAGGGACGUGGUGGCUUCUAUGACCCAGACAAGCCAGAAAGCUAGAGCUAAAGCAGUGCCAGUGAUGGGCUGGGGUGCAGAAGAGUCAGUUCACUGAGCUAGCACCAGGCCUUCAGCUUCAGUGAUCCCACCUGGCUGGGUGACGCUGAAAGAGCUGUGUGUUUUCUCCCUUCCAAAAUCCCCUGCGAGCUACAGCUACAGGUGCUGCUGGACCCAAAUAGCAUCAGUGAGAACAACUGGUGCAAGCUGGCAUCCAGGCUGGGCAUGUGCGGGAUGAAAAUCAGAUAACUUGCAAGACUCAUCUCAUGUUAAAGGAGCAGGAUGGGAUGCGGGAGAGAGGAGACUAGCAGGCCCUCGGUGCUCCAGCUUGUUAGGAACCUCUUUGGGCUCAGGCAGAGCGCACAGGAGGGCCCAGAAACCAGAGCAGACGCACAAGAGCGGAGUAAUAUUGGGGACCGAGAAGAAAACAGCUCCCUGGUGCCUGCUGGGGCUGAGUCUGAGACCGGCCAGCCAGCGGGCAAAGAGCUAACUGGCGACCACCCGAUCGAUGAGCCCCGUGGAGAUGCAACAGGCGACCUCAUAGGGGAGAUCCAUGGCGAGCUGAAGGAUAUCAGUCUGGGGGACACCCCUUCCAGCCGUGGCAGGAGAUCCCCUCCUACGCUGGACCACAGUGGCAUGGAGAUGGGAGACUCCGGUGACUGGGCCUUGUCAGACCUCUCCGAGAGCGGGAGCUGCAUUGGCGCCAGCGUGGACGAGGAGGAGAAGCAGAGCAUGGGAAGUGGAGCAACAGGGGAGGCAUGCGGGCAGCGCUCUGGGACAGGAGAUGCGGGAGGAGCAUCUGCUGAGAGAUGGCCCUUGGGGAGCAGGCCCUCGGUGCUCCAGCUUGUUAGGAACCUCUUUGGGCUCAGGCAGAGCGCACAGGAGGGCCCAGAAACCAGAGCAGACGCACAAGAGAGAGGGGACGUCGGGGACCGAGAAGAAGACAGCUCCCUGGUGCCCGCUGGGGCUGAGUCUGAGACCAGCCAGCCAGCGGGCAAAGAGCUAACUGGCGACCACCCGACCGAUGAGCCCCGUGGAGAUGCAACAGGCGACCGCAUGGGGGAGAUCCUUGGAGAACUGAAGAAUAGCAGUCUUGGGGGCACCCCUUCCAGCCGUGGCAGGAGAUCCCCUCCUACGCUGGACCACAGUGGCAUGGAGAUGGGAGAUGCCGGUGGCUUUGUCAACACUGCUGUGGGCAAAGAUAAAACAGCCCAGGAUCCGUGCAACAGAAUCUCUGGCAGGGAAGCAGAGAGGGUGGGAGAAGCUUCUGGUGACACAGGAACAUGGGGAAAGGCUGGGAUCUCACAGGUUCCGCGUGCUGACAACGAAGGAAUCAGACCGACUGCAGGACCCCUGGCACUGACCGCCCAGGACUUCCGUGCCAAGGAAGAGAGAGAGCACCUCCUGAAAGAGGAUCUAAAUGGAGGAUCUCCGAAGGCAGAGCUGUCUCCAUGGAACAAGCUCAUCAACAUGUACAAGCAGAGACGGAAGCUUCCUGUUCCUAAGGAACACCCAGUGCAGCUGGAAAUGGAAGAGGGAGCCACUCUGAAUCUAACUGUUUAUGAAUUUGCAACACCCGAGCCUCAUCUCAUCUCUUCAGAAUCCUCUGGUACUGCCCUGAUCUAUAGGUUUCCCGAUGACAGAGCUGGGGAAACUGUUGGCCACUUUGGGAGAGCCCAGGGAGACCUGAGGACCAAUGGACUGGAAGCUCCUGAAGCAGACUGAGAACCUGCUCCUAGAAGAGAUGGGACAGUGGCCCCAAGAACAAGCUUAUGUUUUGAUCACGGUGAGUCUGCAAGCCCCCUUCAUCUAGCAGAUGAAGAUGAAGAAAGAAGAUUGAGACCGGUUCUUUGGUCCCCACCAAGCUGGUGUCUGGGACAAAGCCUGUUAGCUGCAAGCUUGUUCCUGUUCCCUCUUUCAGUGUCUAUGCCUCCCCCCUUUGAAUGUUUAUCCCCUUGCCUAGGCUGGCAUUCACUGUAUUUUUAGAGUAAGUGUUUUACGUUGGUUGAUUGUUCUCAGUUCCCCCUAAGAUCACAGACUCCUCCCCCCUUAUUAAAUGGAGUUCUGUGUUGAAUUAA